AUGCCAGUUCCGCUCAAUGAAGAUGUCAUUUGCCAUAUCUUCUAUAAGCUGGCAUAUGACUUUCGUGCAUUAUACCCUGUCUUGCUUUUGAAUAGAUAUUGGAAUAGGGAAUUGACUCCAAUAUUAUACGAAAAUCCGUUCUAUUUUCUCAGAAAAUUUAGGGAUCCAAGAAGGAGUACAGCACUGAUCGAAACAUAUUUAUGCUGUCUCUCCAAGCAAAGACAACAAUACUAUUUCGACUACGGGAUUCUUGAAAAAAUGAAGGAUUCUUUGCAUCCUUACGGCACUUAUCUUGUAUCGCUGAGAAAAAUGGAUUUUGAUAAGGUGCUUCGGUCUUCCUCGCCAAUUAGACAUACACGUAAUCCGUCUUUGCCAAUUGUACAAAAUAUGUUACCUAUUAUCCAAGAUUUGACAGACGACUUGAGCUCAUUGUUCGGCAAAAGUCCACGAUUUCGAUCCUAUCAUAUGUCCUGCAGUUACGUACCAAGCGGCAAAGAUAUGCAAGAUUUAAUCCUGGCGCCAUCGUUGACAUCAUUAUUUAUUGAUUUAUCGGGCAGUUCACAAGGGUUAAGCAUGUCUCAUGCGCAUGAAGGUUUCAAAAAUCUUGCAGAAGUAAUAAGUCAGGCCAGGAACAUUGAAAUCCUGCAUAUUAAAUUCUACUCUCCAAGUUGGGUCCAGUUUCUCAAAUCCUUUCUUGGACCUAAGAAAACUUUACAAAAACUAUCGAUUAAUGGUAACGUUGGCGACGUAAAUAGGAGAUUUAUUAGAACAAUCCAGGGUUAUAAAAAGUUAAAUGUUAUUAGACUACAUGGAUAUAAGAGUAUCGAUCUGGAGGAAAUGGUCCCUGACUUGAUGCUUAUUCGCAUUCGUAUUCAACCACGAAGUUACAUGAAAGCAUUUCGGUAUCUCAUUACAGCAUCACUUGCGUUCGGAAAAAUACGAAAACACGUCCCUAAAUUACACUUGCAUUAUUAUCACGUGCUUCGAAAAAUUGAUGAUAAUCGAAUUUUCGAUCAGAUGCACCAAUCUGACUUUGGGGCUCAGGAUGAAUUCACAUCUGGAAAACCUUCCAAUAAAUCACGAUUUACAACUACCAAGCCUGAUACACGCAUAGGGGGAGGAGGAAAUGAUCUUUUGACAAAGAACCAUCCAAAAGUUAUUUUGCAGCGGAUGAAGACAGUUGGAUUAACCUGCGUACUUUCGUUUUUCGGAGUUUGGGCGUUGAUUUCUGGCUACGAUGGGUUUACAGACAAGUCAUUUUAUUUACAAUUAGAGACAACAGCUCGUCUUGUUGGUCUCACUCUUCACUUUGAUAUACUUCAACUGAUUGGAUUAAUCGUAUAUCCAUUGACUCUUACGUGUAUUCUAUUUGCGGGACCGCUAUUUAUACUGUGGUUAAAUAAAGGGUUGCCGUUUCAGUCUAAUUUCUCUUGGAGAUCUGAUGUAUAUGAUCGCUUUGUUAGUCUAAUAGGAUUCAGAAAUUACAUAUAUGCACCAACUAGUGAAGAAUUUGUCUUUAGAUGCUGUAUGAUUCCCUUGCUACAUUAUGCAGGAUAUACGUCUGUGCAAAUCAUAUUUCUAUCUCCACUUCUGUUCGGAAUAGCUCAUGUCCAUAACGCAUGGGAUUAUUACGUAGCUUACGGCCGUGAUGCCAAGAGUCUAAAACUUGGAAUCCUAACAUCGUUGUUUCAGUUUAGCUUUACAAGUGUGUUUGGAUGGUAUGCAUCUUUUCUCUUCCUAAGAACAGGCAGUCUGAUUGCACCCGCAGUGGUGCAUUCAUUCUGCAAUAUUAUGGGCUUUCCAAGUCUUGAUGUUUCUCGACACAGUACGGGGUUGAAAUUUGCUACCUAUCUUGCCUAUAUUUUGGGGAUAUAUGGCUUCUAUUAUAACUUGUUUCCUUUCACGAGUCCAUCACUGUUUGGUGGAUCAAUGUAUUGGAACGUCUAA